AUGCAUCGACACCACCUCGUCAUCUUGCUGGCAGCCAUGCUGGCAGCCAUAGCCAAGGCGGAGCCGACGCGUUGGGCUUGGGCGACGGUGGAACCCAGGUUGAGCAGACUGGUGAUUCAUGACGGCGAGCCGCCGCAGGAGAAAUCCUUCACAGAAGCGCCGCACGUCCCCGUGGCAUGGGCAAGCUUCAAGGACGACAUACACGAGAGUGGCUGGUCUUACCUCCAGAUCGAGUCCAACCCGUACGUGCAUGACGAACUGCAAGCAUACGCAGCCGGGGCCCUGGAGGCCUACCUGACACGACAGUUAAUGGAGAACCAGUGGGAGAACCUGUUCUCACGCUACUGCGAAAACCAGACCCAGUACUGCAGCAGGCUCGAAGAGUUCAUCGCCAAGAAUCUCGCGUAUUCUCACAAGCAGGAGCACCGUUUCAAGUACAGCGAUCCAUACUGGAACAUGGUGCAUCUAAUAAUGAGACAGCUGUCCGGACUAAGCGAUGUCUUCGAGAAUGAGACGCUAGACUAUUCGCACGAACUGGACAAUGCCACGCGAGCAUUCUACUUCAGCCUGGUGGGCGAUCUGUUCGACCUGGAGUUGGCCUUGGAACGGAAGAAGGACUUCAACUCAAUCGCCCAGAUCCUGUCCUGCUCAGCUCUGGUCAAAGUGCUGGGCGACUUCGAGGACAUCUACAUUUCCCAUGACACCUGGUUCCUGUACCGUGGAAUGCUACGUAUACAGAAGAAGUACAUCUUCCCCUGGCACCACACGGCUCAUCACACCGGCGUCGAGAACAUCAUCCCGGGUCACACGAUCACCAUGUCAUCCUACGCUGGAAAACUGGUCUCGUGGGAUAACUUCUACCUUACGUCGGCAGGACUGGCCAUCACAGAAACGUCAAUCGUGAACGACAACAAAGAUCUGUGGAAGUUUGUGGUGCCCGAGAGUGGUCCUUUUACCUGGGUGAGCGCCGCUGUGGCUUCCCGCCUGGCUACCUCGGGCAUCGAGUGGGUCCGUCUCCUUGGCAGAGAGAACGGCGGAACGUGCAACAGUCAGGUGUUGGUCUUGGAUUACAAGCUCUUCGUUCCUGGGACUCCCAUUGUGGACGGGACGCUUUGGAUUUACGAACAACUUCCGAAGAUGACGAGGCAGGAAGACAUUAGCAGGGCCCUUCGUGAUAACAAGUACUGGGCAAGCUAUAAUAUCGCCUAUUUCAAUGAUAUCUUCAACGUAAGCGGACAGCUGCCGAAAGUGCAGCAGUACGGCGACUUCUACACAUACGAGAACUGUCCACGUGCCAAGAUCUUCAGGCGCGACCACGUGAAGGUCAAGGACAUGAACUCUAUGAUAAAGCUUAUGAGGUACAACGACUACAAGAAUGACCCGCUCUCGCGCUGCAACUGCACGCCGCCAUACAACCCAACAUACGCCAUUGCUCCGCGCUUCGACCUCCUAGACCCGCAUGGGACUUACGACAUACCGGAUAUGUACCCGAGGGCUGUGGGCGGCAUUGAUGUGAAGCUGACGAACUACACGCUGUUCGCGUCCCUGGAGUUCGUCGGGGUGAGCGGCCCCACGUGGGACGACCAGCCGCCGUUCCAGUGGAGCACCAGCGGUUUCCUGGACGGUCAUGUCGGUCACCCCGACAAGUGGCAGUUCGGGCCGGUGAUCCGAAAGUGGGCACAGCCGCGAGUCCAGUGGCUCAGCGAGCGGGAGAGGCUUCAAAACUCCGCAGCGUCUCGCGUGUCGUGGACCGUCUAUUUGCCGCUACUGGGUGUCGCGUCAUUGAUAGGGAAUCGCCGUGUCUAUUUAUAGUUAGCUGGACUUAAUGAAUGUGUACACCGCUGGCUCUCUUACCAGAACGAAAUGGAGCUUCUUGUCGUAACUCAGCGGGCCGGGGUCUGUCCAACACGAUAUGGAGAGCUCCAAAAUGUUUAUACCAAAGAAGCUGGAAUUAUACCACCGCGGUUGUGUUUGACAUAAAAUAUUGGCAGAUAGUCGAUUUCACGCAGCACGGCAACUGACGAUUUACAUGUGUCCGUUACUCAAUGAUUCUCCAAAGAGCUUAUAGACAACAACCCAAAAAUCUCCCUUUUCAAUGAUUGCCUCCAUGACGACGUCGCCAUGAAUGGCUCCAUGCAGCUGGACAAGCUCCUCUGCGGUGUCUUCUGUUUCGUAAUCCUCGGCGUGUACCAGCUAAAAAAUGAACGUAUUUAGGUGGAAUUUGUAUGCCCUACUAUUGAUUACAUUUCUCCUCUCAGGUAACCAUGGAAUUAAGAAAGGCACUCUGAACAGGCUUGGACAUUUUCAAUGCACUGCCGUGCUUUUUUUUUUUCUAAUGGAAGUUGUGAGUUGUGAGCCUGUCGAUGUCAAUAUUUUGCAGCGUUGAAAACGCACUGGUCCGAAGAAACUCGGAGCAAUCUGACACACGAAGAUCCAGUGGUCGGGAGUGCGAAUUCUGGCAUAGAAAUAAAUGAAAAUGAAGUUUCCCGUUGAUAUAUAUAGGACAUCAGAUCCGUUUCCCGCAUGCUAGAGGGCCGGCAGAGUGAGGUGCGUGUCGAGAUAAAGAAAAGCGCCAAGCAACGGUUGAGGAAGUGCGCUGCAGAAGCGCCUGUUACAAAUUUUAAUAGAAUAUUUUAUAGCUUGCGGCUUCCAUGGACAGCCACUCAUCUCAACAACGCAGCAUUCCAGACUCUUCAUCACAUCUUUAAAUUAGUGCAAAUAAUUGAAAAACUUUGACAGGACGCAGGCCUGAUGGCUAAUUGUAAUAACUGAAAAUUCAAAGCUCGAAUCAUCUACGUUUAUUGAACUCAAUAAACCCCGUCCAUCAUUCAUUUCUUCUUUUCCGAAUGCAUAAUAAAAACUUUUACAUCAACACUGGUGUA